AUGGUAAAAAACGAACACCAACUGCAACCGAUGCCAUGGGACACACAUCAUCAUCAUCAUCAACAGCAACAACAACAGCUUGACUAUUAUAUGAAUACACCCGCAACUUCCUAUACAAAUGUCAACUUAAUCAUCAAUAAUACCAAUCGCAUUAACUGUAAUGGAACUAAUCAAGCGCCAAUCGAAGCCAAACUGAGCCCAGUGCCAGCGGGCACAACGCUACAGACUGUUCCGACUUCGACACAGAAAUCGCGGCCGAACUCAACAAAGAAUUCCUCGUCAUCGUCGCCUCCAACUGACUUUACAUCAACGUCAACUCCUCAACAUAAAGAAUUCUAUCCAUGGAUGAGUGACAAGAAGCACGGAACAAAUAAAAAUAAGAAUACAUCGAAAAACAAUUCAGGACAUAAUACAACAUCAACAUCGUCAUCGUCGUCAUCCUCCGAUAAAAGCAAUUCAACACCAUCGAAACGAGCUCGUACAGCUUAUACAAGUGCUCAGUUAGUUGAACUUGAAAAAGAAUUUCUUUAUAAUAAAUAUUUGAAUCGUCCACGACGAAUUGAAUUAGCACAAACGUUAAGUUUAACUGAACGACAGAUCAAGAUAUGGUUCCAAAAUCGUCGAAUGAAGGAUAAAAAAGAUGGGAAAAGCCGAACGUCGUAUAACAAUGGCUGUAUGCUUAGCCUGAACAAUUCUCCAUUGGCGACAUCAACAACAGACAAAGAUGAAUUAAAUUCAUCGUUGGCUCUUCGUUCAUACCAUCAUCAUCAUCCUGCUCAACAUCAUGGAUACUAUCAACCACCGCCACCUUCAGCCAUGUCCGUCCCAUUUUCAACAUCACCAUCAUCAAACUAUUCGAAAUCAUUUCAACAACAAAUCGAUUAUACGACAACACCACCGACAGAUAUGUAUGACAUGUCAGCAAACUAUUGUCUCAAACAAUCACCGACAUCUCCAUUCAAUCCCUCGACUUACUAUACGAACAAUGUAGGAAAUAAUUUGAAAACGAAUUAUUUACCAGCAACUUCCUAUGAACGUCCACCAGUACCAUUCGAUUCAUAUUAUUUUACUUCGGACACAUCAUCUGUUGUACAUCAUCAACAAUCCGGUCCAAAUUUGCCUCCAUUCGCAUAG